AUGUUGGAGAGGGAGGAGCUACAGUCACUACAGAGGGCGGCCAUGUUGGAGAGGGAGGAGCUACAGUCACUACGGAGGGCGGCCAUGUUGGAGAGGGAGGAGCUACAGUCACUACAGAGGGCGGCCAUGUUGGAGAGGGAGGAGCUACAGUCACUACAGAGGGCGGCCAUGUUGGAGAGGGAGGAGCUACAGUCACUACAGAGGGCGGCCAUGUUGGAGAGGGAGGAGCUACAGUCACUACAGAGGGCGGCCAUGUUGGAGAGGGAGGAGCUACAGUCACUACAGAGGGCGGCCAUGUUGGAGAGGGAGGAGCUACAGUCACUACAGAGGGCGGCCAUGUUGGAGAGGGAGGAGCUACAGUCACUACGGAGGGCGGCCAUGUUGGAGAGGGAGGAGCUACAGUCACUACAGAGGGCGGCCAUGUUGGAGAGGGAGGAGCUACAGUCUCGCUGA